AUGACUUACGAAGACAGUCCGAACCCGAACACUAUUGAUAUUAGAAUGGUUGAAAAUAUCAGUGUAUGGCACAAUUCAGGAUUCGACACUGCAUAUCCUAUGGAAUUGCACGGUGUAAUCAAUUCAUAUGAUUUUCAACAAUCUAUAACAAAUAUAAAUCGUUCAUUUCCAAAAUCGUUAUCCUUCCGACUUGGAAUUGCUGCUAUUUGCUUACUGGUUGCACUGAUAAAAAUUGAUAUUGAUACAACAAAUCAGAAUUCACUACCACCAUCGUACCCCAGUGUUUACCCUUCACCAACUGUACAAGAAAUACAAUGGGAACAACAACUACUGGCUUCUAAAACAUGA